UCUAGUUGGGAUUGGAGAACUCUUAUUCUUUUCCUUUUCUUCUUCUUUUCGAGUUAGAUAAAUAGAAGAGGAUGGAAACCCUAAUGAGUGGGCAGCCAUGGUUUCUUUGGAUUCGUGUCGUCGGUUUUCUUGGAUUCAAUUAGUCGGCAUCCGCGGCAACCGUUUGAAGAAGAGGAAAAGCGAGACGAGGAAUUGGAAGAGGAAAAUCAAGACGAGGAAGAUAUUGGAGGAGCUUUUUCCACUUACAGUUCCCCUUCCGGUUCCAUCUGAUGCGAAUAAGAUAAAUUGGGAUGAGCUUUCACUUCCUCCACUUCCGCCUGAUGUGAUUCAGCUAAUAUUCUCCAAACUUCCCUUCUUCAAUUUGCCCGGUUGCCGGCUCGUGUGUAAAGCAUGGAACAAUUUUAUUUUAACUUGUAAGUUACAUUCUUCGAUCUCAACUUCAAACCUCUUUUAUGCCCAUAUUUCUCCGUUUAACAAGCUCUGUUGUGUGGAUUUGGAUCCUAAACAUUUGGGAGUGGUCAGCAGCCUUGGCUCAUUUAGCUUCCAUCCUGAUUUGUUUUCCACUCAUUUUAUCUCGAUCAUCAAUUCCUGCAAUGGACUCCUCUGUUGUUCUUUUAAGCCUAAACGGACAUGGGGAUCUAGACCUGUUAUUUGUAUAUUAAAUCCCAUGACAAAUGAGUACCUCAUCAUUCCCAUCUCCGGUAGGGAUAUAGAUUAUCGUUACGGAUUAGGAUUUAGUCCUAAAACAAAGCAGUACAAAUUAGUUAGAAAUUCCGAAGUGCCUGAUAAAUCCAAUUCCAAAUUCUCUACUUUGGUAGAGAUUCUUGCAUUUGGCACAAGUUCAAGUCCCGAAUGGUCCCUGUUGGCUUUGUGCCUUUUGAAGUUGAUGAUCAUUGCGGUUACUUCAAUGGAGGCCUCUAUUGGGUUGCAGAUGAUGGAACGAAUGGCAUGUACCGUUUGGAUAUAGAAGAUGAGAAAGUUGAGGAAAUUUAUUUUCCCAAACCUGAUGGUCAUUCUUAUUUCUUUGGAGUCCUCGACGGUACCCUGUAUUUAACUUUUUGCAUCGCCAUCGAAUUCGAGUAGCAGGUAUGGAAGAUGGAAGAAGAUUGUUCUUGGACCAGACCAUUUGUUAUUUUCAUACCACGAUUUUCGUUAUCCUCGCCAUACUGAUCAUAUUUAUGACCAUUUUGAUGAUGAUGAUAUACUCCCAUUUCACCUCCAACUCAUCAAAGUUUGCGAGGAUGGGAAGAUUUUGUGUUUGGUUGCUGGAUUUGAUUUUAUCUUGUAUGACCCGAACACUGAGAGCAUAGAGAUAUUGACGGAUCAACGUGUUAAAAGGCGGCAAUAUUUAUCUGUUCAUCAGAUUGAGUCUCUCAAUUUUGGUUCGGUCCCCAACAUCUUAGCAGGUGCAGGGAUGCUAAAGUCUGAACUGAAGGCCGACUGGUUUAUGUAUGUUUCAAGACUCUAAAUUAGAUAUUUAUUUUGUUUUUUGGUUCAUUAUAAUUUAUUUAUAAUCAAUAUUUAUUUUGUUUUUGGUUCAUGGUAAUUUAGAACACUUUGUUGUCUUAGGGGUUCACUUUUUAAUUUAUUCAUGAUUACUCCACUGUAAA